AUGUCGGCCAUCUCCGAUUCCACAUCAGCCGCCUCUCUCACAUUCCGAGAGGCGAACGAGGAGUCCAAGGACAGCUUCACCCUGCUCCUCCUCAUAGUGCUGCUCAUCGUCUGCUUCGUCUCGGCCUACAUCCUGCGCCAGCUACAGAGCAAAUGGAAGAUCCUUCACGAAACAGGUGCCGCCAUCCUGUUCGGCGCGAUUAUGGGGGCCUUCAUUCGAUUCUUCGCCAAGUUGGAGCGACUGCAGUCGAUCGUCCAGUUCGACUCUGAGUUCUUCAUGCUCAUCCUGCUCCCGCCCAUCAUCUUCGAGUCUGGCUACAACAUGCGAAGGAGCAACUUCUUCAACAACAUCGGGCGUAUCUCUGUGAUGGCCUUCGUCGGCACCCUCAUCUCGGCAGGCAUUUUCGGUGGCUUGCUCUACGUGGUUGUGUCCUGGGGCCUCACCCUCCCGCUGUCGCUGUUGGAGUGCUUCAUCUUUGGCUCCCUCAUAUCCGCCACCGAUCCGGUCUCUGUGCUCGCCAUCUUUAAGGAUCUGGGCGUGAACAAGAACCUCUACGCGUCGGUCUUUGGAGAGAGCAUCCUCAACGACGCCAUUGCCAUCGUGCUCUUCAGAGCGCUGAGCACGACGACGUCCAAGGAGCUCUCUAUUGGAACCCUCCUCAACAUAGUGUUGGAGUUCACCGUCAGCUUUGCCGGCUCCUUUGCCGUGGGCGUGACGAUUGGACUGCUGUCAUCACUGCUGUUCAAGUACACGCAAUUCGACAGGUACCACACCCUGGAGCUGGUGUUGCUCGUGCUGUAUUCCUAUUCGUCGUACCUGCUCGCAGACGGCUUGGGCCUAUCUGGCAUUGUCGCGAUCCUGUUCUGCGGGGUGGUCAUGGCGCACUACACGUACCACAACCUCUCCCCGCAGGCCCAAAAAUUCUCGACCAAGCUCUUCAAGGUGAUGGCCUCGCUGUCGGAGAUGUUCGUGUUCGCCUACCUGGGCCUCGCCCUGUUCAGCUUCGAUCAGGUGUACGACAUUGGCCUGAUCUUCUUCAGCGUGUUGUUCUGCCUGGCGUCACGGCUGUUCAACAUCUUCCCGCUCAGCCUGAUGAUCAACAUCUACCAGCGGAAGAACCCCAAGCGACAGAUACCGCUCAAGGAGCAGUUCGUCAUGUGGUUUGCCGGUCUGCGAGGAGCGAUGGCGUUUGCGCUUUCGCUGGACACGCAGACGGAGCACGCCCUCUCGAUCCACACGACGACGCUCUUCAUCGUGCUGCUGACGGUGAUGGUCAUGGGCGGCGCCACGGGUCCGCUGCUCAUUUUGCUCGACGUCAAACCUCAGGCCGCCGGCGACGAGGAAGAAGUCGAUGAAGUGGACUCCACGUUUUGGAUGCGUCUCGACAGAAGAUACAUCAAGCCCAUGCUCAUCAAGCGAGUGGCGCUGCCCCACUACUACGCGACGGAGAUGGUGGGCCAGGACUUUGAGACCACCGAGAUGAUGGAGCUGGAGAUGGAGGAGGACCCAAUGGGGGAAGACGAGGAUAACAACGGAGCGCGCAUGCAGUUUCGGAAAGGGGGCGUGGGCGAUCUCUCGGACGAUGAGGAGCUGGUCGGUGCUGUGUCGCUGAACGAACUCGACCGUGGCCAGGCUUCCUUCAGCGCCGGAACAACCAACUAA